AUGAUAAGGUCAGGUCACACUUUAUAUAGCUAUGAUCAUAAUAGCGUAGCAAAUUACUUAGCAAUUCACCUGUUUCACUACACCACAAGAAGAACAUCAGUUGAAGAUUUGCAGAAUUUGCAUCCCCAUCAUCUCAUUCUCACCAAUAUCUUCGAGGAUAAUGACUGA